GUUCGCGUCAAAAUUCUUAGAACUCAUUCCUUUACAACAUAUCUUUAAUUGAGCGCAAUAUGACGACCUGGAUUGAACCGCUUCUGUGCGAAUCCGUCGUGGUUUAUGUGGAUUGGCUCAUAAAUAGAAAAAUUAUGAUUUCUAUUGAUUUCAUGUGAUUUCUCGUGAUUUUCGUGUGAUUUCGUGUGAUUUCAGGUGAUUUCAGAUCAUUUCAACUUGAUUUCAGAGAUUGAAAUCAGUUUGUUCCCCCUUGAAUAAACCUUUUAGUCAUAAAUAUUUUUAACAUAAGCAACGUACAGCUCGGCACAUUAAUUAUAUGUUUCUUCCUAUGUAAGAAUUUGCCCUUGUGAAUACUAUUCCUGAAUUGACUUUCUGAUAUUAAUUUCAGCUAAUAGUUGAUUUUUAAGGGUCAUAUAAGAGUAUCACGUUUUUCUAGUAAUGAUUGUACCUUGAUAAAUUCAAAUCUAUGAACAGGGUAUUUUCUGAAAACAAACUAUGUUAGAUAACCGUAUGGAAUCUGAAAUAGCCGAACCCCAAUUAGCAGGAUAUGUUCGUAUACUCUUGUUGGAGUUUUUUCUUGUGGAACCAUUGGGAAAACGUCUAAAAAAAAAGAUUUGUUUGUGAUUCUGGUUAUUAGAAUCCUUUCAAAAAGUAAUUUUGCUUAUCAGAAACUAUUAGAGCUGAUUCUGGCUACCAGAAUCAGUAUUAUACUAGUCUACUUGUCCAGUAAAUACUGGUCACCAGUGUUACCAGUACCCAGUAUGCUGGCACUUAUGCAUCCCUAACUGAAAUCCUACUCGGUUGUGACUUCAACAGCACAUAUAGUGUAUAAAAAAAAACCUAAAUCAAUAUCCCUAUUUGGUCACCAGAAUGGGUCAUAUUUGUUUUAUUCUCCACAAGUGCGGAUAUGAUGUAGAGAUGUAUCUGGGGAUUUCAAUUUGUGGCAAAUGAUAACCAACCCAUAAAAUUGACACGAUUGUUGCUAUUUUAUUGUACAUCAUGUAAUAAAAUGCUGCGUAUUAUAAAUUUUUGCUUUUUACAUUGAAACAGGCAAAAAUAUUUGAGACUCUUAUUAUUGCAGUCAUUCUCAUGUAACAUACAUGUGCAGCUGUGGCAUGACUCGGCUCAGUUUAAACAAAAUGAUUGUCGUCUAUUUUUGCAAGUGUGAGCGUAGCUGAGUUCAAUGUAAGAGUAUCAUAAAACUGUUAGAAUUAAAAACACGGUGGAUUCUCUUUCUACACAUUUCCCCGUUCCCGGUGCACUUAUUUUGAUGUCUGAGAAAAAUGAUAAUCAUAUUCGUUUGAUUUUGUUACUUUCUACUUCUAUAUAACUCUUACUACUUUUAAACCGUCCGAGUUCUAUCAACUCUAAAUAUGAAAAGUUUAUAGGCUUCAUUUUCCAAUUAUAUCGACAAAGUUGGAAUAUCGUCUUAUCUACUUUUUUGAAUAUAUUUCUUACAAUAUCCGUAUGCAACCUAUUAAAGAAGCAUACACUUUCUCGGAAACCCUCACUAGUUUCUGGAAGAAGUCGAAUCUUUUUGUAAUGCGUCUACACGAUAUUUGUUAUUCUAUUCUGCUAUAAAUCAACUUGAAAAGUUUGUGAAAGCAUUUCUAUAGGUUCGAUUUACUUCAUAUUCAGUUAAACGUAACAGCAGUAUGGUCAAUUCAUCAGUGUACUGAUAAGACCAUCUAGUUCCAGAAAUAUUUCUCUAUCUCUAACAAUAAUACGUCGAAGAACGCUUUUCUCUAGAAUUUUUGAUCAUGCACAAUAGAAAUGGCGCAAAUAAUUUUCAAAUUAAUUAGCAAUGGAGGUGUUUCAGGUGAUAAGCAAAAACGUUGAAGUUUUUUAAGUCAAAUGAAAGCUCUCAUCAUGAAACUGACAUGGUUAAAAUAGUAGCGGCUGUUGGCGUACCCUUAUGGAGAUAUUCGAUUUUUCAGUGAAUUUUCUCUACAUAGAACCGGCUUUCCCAGCAAUAUCAUAUUCUCGAAUUUGAACCUGAAACUUUGUAUGCAUGAAGGUUUCAAUGGGACUAGCUUACAGAAAAAAACAUCAGAAGGUUUGGACAAACCCUCUUCGAGAUAAAGGGUACGCCAGCAGCCACUACUAUUUUAACCAUGUCAGUUUCAUGAUGAGAGCUUUCAUUUGACUUAAAAAACUUCAACGUUUUUGCUUAUCACCUGAAACACCUCCAUUGUAAGUGAGACUAAACGAUAUAUGUGAGUUCUCCAUAUUAAAUCAAAACGAGGUACUCUAACAGACUUUUCACAGGAAUGAAUAGGUAGUACUAUUCAAUAUUUUUAUAUAUUAAACUAUGCGUGCCACCUUCUCCGUGUCGCACAAACCGAUAGAAAACCAAACGGUUAACCGCGGUUAUGUAAGCCAUUUUAGCAACUUCACAGUGUUAAAAUCGGCAGCUAAUUGAGAGCAUCCCGACUACUGGUCCAGUUGACCGGGCGCUAAACCGAGGUUAACUGACAAUUUUCCAUCCGUUUGUGCGAUAUGGGUCUACGUUCUCGUCGCAAUGAAUCAAACAUACUUAUGUUCUCUUUUAUUCGAAACGACUAAUUCGUUAGUUAUGAAUGAAGUGAUGAGUAAAUUGAGUUUCACUAGUGACAACAUUCUAAUGUUCCAAGUUUAUACCCAGCGAAAUUAUUCUUACAUGGUACGCAGGCCAAUAAUUGGAUGUUAGUAUCUCCCGUUGAGAAAGCCUAUAAUUCCAUGUGAUGAGAACGUUGAAGCCAUGGUAGUAUUUAAAACUUAGGUUAGUUUCAGUGAAAUUUCAUAUAGUGUGAAGAGGCUCUCACUGCCCGCCCAUUGUAUAAAAUGCAAGACUAUCGCUAGGAGAUCAAGAAGACAUCUUAAGUUAAUUUGUUCAUAAUUUAACAUUAUAAAGAUUUUUUUCAUAGUUACGUUCAUGGAUAGCUCUAGCUAUUUUUUAUACUUAUUCUAAUCGACAUACAUGAUGUAAAUGGUCCAAUAAUCUGAGUUUCAAUUUUUCCAAUUGAGAGAUUUGUAGUUCUCAACAAAGGUUGGUGUGUAAAUGUGAAAUCCGGGAAGCAUCACCAUCCAAUGAGAAUAUGUUAAAAAUAACUUGCUCAUUUUAAUUUUUCAUGAUAAAGACUGAAAGACAAUCUUGCCAAAAUACUAAUAUUGAUUUUUGUCAGAGCUAUUGUUUCAAUUUGCUAAGUUUCUAUACCUUGACUUCUUGGCAAGAAAGAAAUCUGUUAUGUCUUAUUUUUUUCCCUACAAGUGACACAAAGAAUAAUAAUUAGAUUAUUACUUUCACAUAUUUAGUGGCUUUAUUCGAGUAAAAAACACCCUUGCGAUUUCUACAUAGGGAUGUUAGCUGCGGUGACGACUCAAUCGUAUGAUUUGCACUUCUGCAUACAAAACCAAAUCAAGAAAGAUUUAAUUUAACUUAAAAAUUACAUAAUAUACUAUUGUCAUACGACGAUGAAAACAUCCGAGUUUUCAGAUAUAUGGCUAAAUGUGUUCUUGUUGUGUAAAGCUAGAAUACAUCGCUCAAUAAGUGAGGAUGUCAUCUAAGUAUAUAUUACAAUAAGGAAAUCAUUAUUAUUCUUUAUUGAUCAUGUGAUCAUGGCGUUAUUUCAGCAUAUGUCUAAGCUGAGGAUGAUGAAUAUUUAUUUUAAUCUUCUGAAAUUUUUACCCAAUUCGUAUAAUUUUCAACAUAUUGUUGAAUUAAACGAAAAGUCCCUUUCCUAUUUGAAGAACAGUUAAACUAGAUUUUCUCUAAUCUAUCCUCUCUAGUAAUUGGACCCAUAUAAAGUUGGAUUGAGUCGAUUUUUAGUGUCGUGUAUCUCUAUUGAAAUUUAUUUCACAUUUGAUGGGAAAAUAUUGCUGAUUUACUUUUAGCACAAACAACAGUAAUAUGUCCAACAGCUGUUUGGAAUAGUACUUUCCGAAUAUUGGCAGGUAUAUCAGGAAAUGCAGGAGCUUCACCAGUAAUUCUUAAUAACCCGUUUCGGGCUAUAUUUGGACCUAACAGUACAAUGUAUGUUGCUGAUCAGUCUAAUAAUCGUAUUCAAAAAUUUGUUGGUGGAUCGCCAACAGGAGCAGCGGUUACAAAUUUAACUUUAUCAAAUCCAUGCGAUGUUUACGUUGACAAUAAUAAUGUUCUCUACAUUCUGGAUACUAGUAACUACCGAGUAUUGCGUUGGAAUAAUAAUGUUGUUACAGUAGUCGCUGGAGGUUUUGGCGCCGGUUCAACAUAUGAUAAAAUGUCGACAAGUUAUUCAAUGUUUGUUGAUGCAUCGUAUAAUAUAUACGUAUCAGAUUAUGGAAAUGAUCGUGUUGCAUUAUGGUCGGCAGGAUUUCCAAACAUGAGUCAAUUGGUUGCUGGUGGUUACGGAGCUGGAAGUACACCAGACAAACUCUACAAUCCUAUGGGUAUCUAUGUUGACAGUUUCAGAACAAUAUAUAUUGCUGAUUCCUACAACCAUCGCAUCCAACAAUGGAAUGCUAAUGCAAUUAUUGGAAUUACUGUUGCCGGAACAACAGCAGUGGCAGGAUCAUGGUCAUAUUUACUAAAUUACCCAACAGCGGUUAUUUACGACCAAUACAAUUAUCUCUACAUUCUUGAUUCUAGCAACGAUAGAAUUCAACGUUGGGUACCAAGAGCUAGCUACGGAAUAACUGUUGUAGCAUCAUCAAUGUCUAAUCCACGUGGAUUAAAUUUUGAUUCAUCCGGAAAUAUGAUUGUAGCUGAUAUGAGUUUGCACAUGAUAAUAUCAUUUGGUAUUUCAUGUCCUCCGAAUGCAACAACAACAACACCACAAACAACUCAAGCAACAGUACCAGUAUGUGCAACAGCUGCAUGGAAUCAAACUUUUUCAGUCAUAGCUGGAUCAUCAGGCAAUGCAGGAACGUCACGAUCGUUACUUCAGUAUCCUCAUAAUGUAUAUAUUGAUGUUUAUGGCAACUUGUAUGUAUCUGAUUGUAAUAAUCAUAGAAUUCAAAGAUAUCCACGUGGUUCAAUGUUUGCUGAUACUGUGGCUGGUAUUACAAGUAGUGCUGGCUCUAGUUAUUCUCAGCUUUACUAUCCAACAUCAAUCUAUGUUGAUUCAAACAGUACAAUGUACAUAUUAGAUUGGACAAAUUGUCGAAUACUUCGUUGGGCUCUUGGAGAUCCACUUGGUUCAGUUGUCGCUGGAGGCAAUGGCUGCGGUGGCGCAUUGACUCAAAUGGAUAAUAGCUAUGGUUUGUUUGUUGAUAAUCAAAGUAAUGUCUAUAUAUCUGAGUAUCGAAAUCAUCGAGUCGUCAAAUGGCUUGCAAGUAAUACUACUUCUGGCAUCUUGUUAGCUGGUGGAUAUGGAGCUGGUAGCACUGCAGAUAAGUUAAAUUAUCCAUGGGGAGUCUAUGUUGACGGUAAUCAAGGCGUAUACGUUGUUGACCAUUCGAAUCAUAGAGUUCAAUUCUGGGCAUAUGGAUCGCUAUUGGGUGUUACUGUCGCAGGUAUGACUGGUAAUUCAGGUUCAUGGUCUUAUCAAUUUACUAAUCCAACUGCAAUUACUUUCGAUCCGUACGGCUAUAUGUAUGUUUUGGAUACAGGAAAUUCACGUGUUCAAAAAUGGUUUCCCGGUGCUGCUUAUGGACAAACAGUUGCUGCUGCUGCAUCGAUGAGCACUGCGUACGGAUUACAAAUUGAUCAUAGUGGUAAUAUUAUUGUAUGCGAUACAUACAGUCAUCGAGUCAUAUCUUUUGGUAUUACAUGUCCUGCUUCAACUACAACAACAACAGCACAACCGACUACACCAAUUACGCAACUAUGUUCAACAGCUACUUGGAACACAACGCUCACUCUUCAAGCUGGCCUCUCCGGAACUGGAGGAACAUCAACUAUUUUACUAAAUUAUCCAGCUAAUAUGUAUUUUGAUGGUUAUCAAAAUUUAUAUGUCGUCGAUAGAGCUAAUCAUAGAAUACAAUUGUUCGCACCAGGAUCGUUUAUUGGUUCAACUGUUGCCGGGAAUUCUGGCGCUGCUGGUAGUGGUUAUUCAGAACUCAGUAGCCCAUACGCUAUCUAUGUUGACGGCAACAGAACAAUGUACAUCUUAGAUACUUCAAAUUAUCGAAUUUUGAAAUGGAGAUUAGGAGAACCAUUAGGUUAUGUCAUAGUUGGUAAUCAGGCUGCAGGUUCUAGUUUAAAUCAAAUUUCAACGAGCUAUGGUAUGUUUGUGGAUAAUCAAUAUAAUAUUUACGUAUCAGACAGUGGUAAUAAUCGCGUUGCCAAAUGGUUAGCAACAAAUACAACUGCUGGAAUAGUGGUAGCUGGUGGAAAUGGAGCUGGUAGUGCACCAGAAAAAUUAAAUAAUCCAUGGGGUGUAUACGUUAAUGCAAAUCAAGCAGUGUAUGUUGUUGAUCGAAAUAAUCAUCGAGUACAACUAUGGGCUAAUGGAGUAACAAGUGGGAUUACUGUUGCUGGAACAACUGGUAUUUCAGGUCCUUGGUCUUAUCAAUUAAAUAGUCCAACAUCAGUCAUGCUUGACCCCACUGGCUUCAUGUAUAUUUUAGAUUCAGGGAAUGCACGAAUUCUAAAAUGGUGGCCAGGAGCACUUUAUGGAACAACGAUAUUGACAGGAUCAUUUUCUACUCCACUUGGAAUGCAGCUUGACCGUGCUAACAAUCUUGUUGUAGCUGAUACAAAUAACCAUCGAAUUGUUUCUUUUGGCCUUCUAUGCCUAUCUGCAACCACCACAACUGCACCGCCACCUUCUUCAGCAACAUCUCAAAUAUGUACCACAGCUGUUUGGAAUCAAGUUUUUUCAACAUUGGCUGGAUCGUCUGGGAAUCGAGGUUCAUCAACAACACUUCUUUAUAAUCCAUCUGAUAUGAAAUUUGAUUCAUACCAGAAUCUAUAUGUCGUUGAUACUGCAAAUCAUAGAAUUCAAAAAUUUAACUCAGGAUCGUCUGUUGGAACAACUGCAAUCGGUACAGGUUCCGCUGGUAGUAGUUAUUCAGAACUCAAUAGUCCAUCCGCGAUUUAUAUCGACGCAAACAGAACAAUGUUUAUCUUAGAUACUUCUAAUUAUAGAGUCUUGAAAUGGAAAGUAGGAGAUCCUUUGGGCACUAUUGUUGCAGGUAGUCAAACUGCAGGCUCAGGAUUAAAUCAAAUUACAACAAGUUAUGCAAUGUUUGUUGAUAAUCAAUAUAAUGUUUACGUAUCUGAAUAUGGUAAUCAUCGUGUCACUAUGUGGUUAGCUACUAAUACAACUGCUGGAAUAUUGGUGGCUGGUGGAAAUGGAGCUGGUAGUACCUCAGAUAAGUUAAAUUAUCCAUGGGGCGUCUAUGUCGAUGUCAAUGGUACAAUUUACGUUGUAGAUCGAAAUAAUCAUCGAGUACAACGUUGGAAUUCAGGUGCCAUGACUGGUACAACUGUUGGGGGUUCAAAUGCCGAUCCUGGUCCUUAUGCUUAUCAAUUUAGUAGCCCCACUGCAAUUACAUUUGAUAGAUUUGGUUACAUGUAUAUAUUAGAUUCUGGAAAUUCACGUGUUCAACGAUGGCUUCCUGGAGCUACUUAUGGAAUUACAAUUGCAGCAACGUCGAUGAGUACUCCAUAUGGGAUGGAAAUUGGUCCUCUUGGUAACAUAGUUAUAGCUGAUACAUUCAACUAUCGUAUUUUAUCUUUCGCUCUAACAUGUCCUUCUGUAACGACGACAACGGCAGCCCCACCAUUUCAAGCAACAGUUCCUGUUUGUGCUACAGCUAUUUGGAAUCAAACGUUUUCUACAUUAGUUGGAUCAAUGGGAACAGCUGGAUCGUCACCAACAUUAUUAUACAAUCCAUCGAGUAUUGCUUUUGAUGGGUACAGAAAUAUGUAUAUCACCGAUAUCAGUAAUCAUAGAAUUCAACUAUAUGCUCCAGGUUCAAAUAUUGGUACGACUAUAGCUGGUAUAACAAGUUCUUCUGGAAGCUCACGCUCACAGCUUAACAGUCCAUAUGGAUUGCAUGUCACUUCUAAUGGAACAAUGUUUAUAUUAGAUACAUCAAAUUAUAGAGUAUUGCAGUGGAAAACUGGAGACCCAAUGGGUUAUGUUAUGGCAGGUGGAAAUGGUAAUGGUGCAGCGCUUACUCAAAUUGGUGUUAGUUAUGCAUUGUUUGUUGAUGAUCAAUAUAAUAUUUACAUCUCAGAAAGUAGUAAUAACAGGAUAACAAAAUGGUCUCGGAGUAAUUCAACUUCUGGAGCAUUAGUUGCUGGUGGAAAUGGUGCUGGUAAUACAGGGGAUAAAUUAUCAAAUCCUUGGGGAAUCUAUGUAACUAAUCAAUCAACAUAUAUUGCUGAUCGGAGUAAUCAUCGCAUUCAAAAAUGGGAUUUUGGUGCCAGUCUUGCUACUACUGUUGCAGGUUCAACAAGCAAUCCGGGUCCAUGGUCUUAUCAAUUCAAUAAUCCUGUAGCAAUUACAUUCGAUCCAUCUGGUUAUAUGUAUAUAUUAGAUGCUGCCAACAAUCGUAUUGUUCAAUGGUAUCCAAGUGCACCGUAUGGUAUAACAGUAGUAUCAGCAAUAAUGUCUACACCAUUAUCAAUGGAAUUCGAUCCACUUGGUAACAUUAUUAUAUCGGACACAUCCUAUAAUCGUGUUAUAUCAUUCAGCAUAAUGUGUCCUUCGACAACAACAACAACAACACCAUUACCAACUCAAACAACUAUACCAGUAUGCCAAACUGCUUUUUGGAAUCAAACAUAUUCUAUCUUAGCUGGAUCAAUGGGUACAACUGGAACAACAUCAACAUUACUGUAUAAUCCAUAUGAUGUUCAGUUUGAUGGUUAUGGUAAUAUGUAUGUAGUGGAUUGUAGUAAUCAUAGAAUCCAAAGAUUUCGUUCAGGAUCGAAUGCUGGAAUAACUAUAGCUGGCUCCAGUGGUUCAGCUGGCAGUUCACUCUCACAAUUAUAUAAUCCAUCAAAAAUAUUUGUCAGUUCAAAUCAAACAAUGUACAUAUUGGACACGACAAACUAUCGAGUUUUAACAUGGAUAGUUGGCGAUCUAUUGGGUUAUGUUGUUGCUGGCGGAAACGGAAAUGGUGGAGCAUUUACACAAAUUGGUGUAAGCUAUGGAAUGUUUGUUACUGACUCACAUAAUAUUUAUAUAUCUGAACAAUCCAAUCAUCGUGUUAUGAAAUGGUUGAAUGGAAACACAACUGCUGGAGUUUUAGUGGCUGGUGGAAAUGGUGCAGGAAGUACAGCAGAUAAAUUAAAUUCGCCUUGGGGUGUUUAUGUUAAUGUUAAUGGAACUAUUUUCGUAGUUGAUCGUGGAAAUCAUCGUGUUCAAAUGUGGAAUCCAGGUGCUAGUGUUGGUUCAACUGUAGCAGGUUCCACUAGUAACCCAGGUUCAUGGUCAUAUCAAUUUAAUAGUCCAACAUCAAUUACGUUUGAUCCUUACGGUUACAUGUAUGUAGUAGAUUAUAAUAAUGCAAGAAUUCAACGAUGGUAUCCUGGUGCAAGUUAUGGUACUACUGUUGCAUCAGGAAUGAUGAAUUUACCGAAUGGAUUGACAUUUGAUCGUCUUGGAAAUUUAGUUGUUGCUGAUACAUCUAACCAGCGUAUUAUUUCAUAUAGCUUAGUUUGCCCGGUAACAACAACAACAACAAUAGCACCACCAAUUCCAACAACAACUCCAUUAUGCUCAACAUCUGUCUGGAAUCAAACAAUAUCAAUAAUAGCCGGUUCAACAUCGAAUACUGGAUCAACAUCAACAUCAUUGUACAAUCCGUAUGACAUUGAUUUUGAUGGUUAUAACAAUUUGUAUGUGGUUGAUUGUUAUAAUCACAGAGUUCAAAGAUUCCAACCAGGAUCUUUAACAGGUUCAACCGUGGCUGGUGUAACAGGAUCCUCUGGGAGUUCACAAUCACAAUUGUAUUAUCCAACAUCAAUUAGCGUAACAAAAAAUGAAACAAUGUUUAUCAUGGAUACAUCAAACUACAGAGUUUUAAAAUGGGCAGUGGGUGAUCCAUUGGGUUAUGUUGUGGCAGGUGGAAACGGUAAUGGUGGCGCUUUCACUCAAAUUGGUGCAAGUUAUGCAUUGUUUAUUGAUGCUCAAUAUAAUAUCUACAUAUCUGACAAUUCCAAUAAUCGAAUUACUAAAUGGUUGAAUGGAAACACAACUGCAGGAGCUUUAAUUGCUGGUGGAAAUGGUGCUGGUAGUACACCUGACAAAUUAAAUGCACCAUGGGGAAUCUAUGUUGAUAAUACUAGCGGAAUUUAUAUUGUCGAUCGAGGAAAUCAUCGUGUUCAAUAUUGGUCAUAUGGAGCAAGUUUUGGUAGCACUGUUGCAGGUACUACAGGUGUCGCUGGUCCAUGGUCAUAUCAAUUUAAUAGUCCAACAUCAAUUACAUUAGAUUCAUAUGGCUAUCUCUACAUUAUGGAUUUUAACAAUCAAAGAGUUCAAAAAUGGCUUCCAGGUGCUAAUUUUGGUGUUACUGUGGCCACAACAACUAUGAGCAAUCCAUAUGGUAUGACUAUGGAUCCAUUUGGAAAUAUUGUUGUAGCAGAUUCAUCUUAUCAGCGUAUUAUCUCAUUUGGUCUUAUGUGUCCGGCGUCAACAACAACAACUCAUGCACCAUCAACUCAAGCAAUAGUGCCACUAUGCGUGACAGCUAUUUGGAAUCAAACGUCGUCUACAUUGGCAGGAUCUAUAUCAGCAGCUGGAUCCACAUCAACAUUACUUAGUUCUCCUUAUGAUAUGGAUUUCGAUGAGUAUGGAAAUAUGUAUGUUGUUGAUUUUAAUAAUCAUCGAAUUCAAAAAUAUCCAUUAGGAAUAUCUACUGGUACAACUGUAGCUGGAUUUUCAAUUGGAGGUGGUAGUUCACGGUCAGAAUUGUAUUAUCCAUCGGCUAUUGUUGUCAAGCCAAAUGGAACUAUGUUUAUACUAGAUAGAAGUAAUUUUCGUGUAUUAAAAUGGCAAACAGGUGAUACAUUGGGUUAUGUUGUUGCUGGCGGAAAUGGAAAUGGUGGAGCAUUUACUCAAAUUAGUACAAGUUAUGGAAUUUAUGUUGAUGACAGUUAUAAUGUUUACAUAUCAGAUCAAUCCAAUCAUCGUGUUACCAAAUGGACCAACGGCAAUGCAACUACUAGUGCUCUGGUUGCUGGUGGGAAUGGUGCAGGAAGUACAGCAGAUAAAUUAAAUUCGCCUUGGGGUGUUUAUGUUAAUGUUAAUGGAACUAUUUUCGUAGUUGAUCGUGGAAAUCAUCGUGUUCAAAUGUGGAAUCCAGGUGCUAGUGUUGGUUCAACUGUAGCAGGUUCCACUAGUAACCCAGGUUCAUGGUCAUAUCAAUUUAAUAGUCCAACAUCAAUUACGUUUGAUCCUUACGGUUACAUGUAUGUAGUAGAUUAUAAUAAUGCAAGAAUUCAACGAUGGUAUCCUGGUGCAAGUUAUGGUACUACUGUUGCAUCAGGAACAAUGAAUUUACCGAAUGGAUUGACAUUUGAUCGUCUUGGAAAUUUAGUUGUUGCUGAUACAUCUAACCAGCGUAUUAUUUCAUAUAGUUUAGUUUGUCGUNAAUAG